AUGGGUAGGGCUCCUUGUUGUGACAAGGCAAAUGUGAAGAAGGGGCCAUGGUCACCAGAAGAAGACUCAAAGCUGAAGGAGUACAUAGAGAAGCAAGGGACUGGUGGGAAUUGGAUUGCUCUCCCACAGAAAGCUGGUCUGAAGAGAUGUGGGAAAAGCUGCAGAUUGAGGUGGCUUAACUACCUGAGGCCAAACAUCAAACAUGGAGAAUUCUCUGAUGAGGAAGACAGAAUAAUAUGCAGCCUCUUUGCUAGCAUUGGAAGCAGGUGGUCAAUUAUAGCUGCUCAGCUGCCAGGCAGGACUGACAAUGAUAUCAAGAACUAUUGGAACACCAAGCUCAAGAAGAAGCUCAUGGGGAUGCAUAUGGCUCCUCCAUCUCAUCAUCAUCACCAUCAUCAGAGAAAUUCAUUAAAACCUCCCCCAUUUCCUUCUUCCUCUCAUCACAAUUAUCAAAACCAACCACUAAUCCCAUCUCAGCCUCUCUCAUCACUGUUCAAAGACCUUAGCAGUACUUAUAAUAGAUCUUUCUCAUCAGGCUUUGAAAUUCCACAUCUUUCCAUGACAUCCAAUAAUUUUUCAAACUCUACCACCAACUCCUCUCUUUUCCCAACCCAAGAGUGCCUGGUGGGUUCCAUGCAGUAUAAUAAUUACCCUGUGAAGAAAAAUAGUAAUCAAAAUAACCUCCUCAUGUUUGGAAGUGAAGGAAGUUGCAGCACUUCAUCUGAUGGGAGCUGUAAUCAGAUCAGCUAUGACAGAGAGAGCAACAUCAAACAAGAAGAAAUGGUUUUCCAGAGUUUUGAUCAAGAUCAGAAUAAUCAGCCCAUGAUGCUCAACUAUGGUAAUAACAAUAGUGGUUGUAGUACUGGAUCGGCAGGUCAUGAUCAUCACCAUGUGAUCAACCAAUGGUGUGAGAGGCCAGAUGGGUUUGAUCAUCUUGGAGCAGAAAACACAUUAGGGUACUGUGAUCUUGAAGAUGUUAAACAGUUGAUUAGUGGUGGGAAUAAUCUUAAUAUUAGUGUUAAUGGGUCUAAGUCUAACAGCCUCUUUUCCAAUGUUGAUGAAAACAAGACAGAAGAGAAGGUCAUGUAUUUCUACUGA